GUGGGAUCGAUCAUGGUCGAGCUCAUUUGAAGUAUGAGUGCUAGAGUCGUCUUUCCGGUGAAACACAACGCUGUGUAGCUCAACGACAGUUGACAGUCAUCCUUGACCUUCUAUCUCUCAAAUUUCUCAGAUUUAAGCUUUAUUUCGUAUUAUCUGCUCCGCUUUCGCAUCGUACAAGCAUUACCAGGAACUGCUUCUCAGCGAAGAAUUUAUUAUCCCUGUUUUUUUUUCUCAUAUCGUUCGAUUGUAAUAUGAACGCUAUUGUCCAACCUCACUCUGAAGCGCGCGUUGUUGGACGUGUAUCAACUCAACCCGCCAGCCUGUCUUCUAUCCGUCGAAAACCCAAGUUCACCUAUAUGUCCCCAGCGUCUUCCGAGAUUCGUGGCCCGGUACAUCUACUGUCAAUGUCCUCGACAGCUACGCCGCCAACAGCGAGUACCUCAUCUUCACCAAAAUCGUCGUUCGCUACCGCCAAAUCCCUCUUCACACCAUCGAAACGCUCCAUGGGACCUCCACUUCCAUUGUAUCAUCCAUUUGGCAAAUUGGCCAUGUCCCUUCCUCCCCUCGACCCGACCGCUUUUGGCCUUCCCGUACCCAUAAACAUUGAUGAUGAAAGCACUCGUUCUUCGAGUCAUUCAAAACGCUCAGGCGUCAAACUGCGCGAUGCUGCAGUUGAGACCGAUCCUGUUCCUCCUGUUGCAUCUGUAGGCACAGUGGCAGCCAUCGCCGCUCGUGAAGUCAAAGAGAAGGCCAGUCCUCGGAAGAAACGGGCCGGUGGUGGCGGCAAACGAAAAAGGAAUUCCGGAGACGACGGUGACGCCACAUAUCCCGCCAAACGAACUCGUCAACCGCGCGGAGUAGCUCCUAGUGCUGUUGAUGAUGAACCAGAAUCUCUCGAUGCCUCAGCCAAUGGGGGUCUACCGAUGGACGUUGUGUCGUCAACUCCUGGGACCCCUGCGGACGUUAUAGACAAACCAGAAAGGAGAACAACGCGUUCUAGAGGCGCAAUCACUAGAAGAGAUUCCACUGCCAGCGAAACUCCUUCUGCCUCUGCCUCCAGUGUAAAACCUGGUAAGGAUGCUUUAUCAGAUACUCACGACGUCACGGGCGAUGAGAGAGAGAAGAGAAGGAGUACGAGUAAGGAAGAGGGUGAGGUCAGUGAGGAAAGCAAAUCCACUUGAGCUGUUGUAGAAGGUUAGUGCACCUAGUUUCUGGAUCUAUUUCAUGUAGUCGAAGAUCUCGACCUUUGUAUAUAUUUCAUCUCAUGUACCAUCACACGAUAUCUAUCAUCGAUAACUAUUUGACCCGAUUCUGUUACGAUACCUUAUUGCUAAUUAGCGGCUGAAUAUAACUUUUCUUCAAAAGAACGUACUUGCGGUGGC